CUCACUUCUUGGUCGUUCAAUGGACCGUCUACGGCGAUCCAUUCGGCAGUCCUUCCGACGUGGAGGACGGCACAGUCCUGAAACUAGUACUCCCUCAGAACUAGUUGCUUCAAAUGGUUCUAGCGGCCAGAAGCAGGAGCAGUGGCAGCCGGAUGAAGCUGCUGUGCGAGCAGGUCUUUGCCAUUUCACUGUUAAGUAUCUUGGAGCUGUCGAGGUUUACGAGUCACGUGGCAUGCAAGUUUGUGAGGGAGCCCUUAAGAUGCUUAGGAGCAACAGACGACGGCCUAUAAAAGCUGUUCUAUAUGUAUCUGGAGAUGGUCUUCGUGUCGUUGAUCAGGAAAACAACAGGGGUUUGAUUGUUGAUCAAACGAUCGAAAAGGUCUCGUUUUGCGCUCCAGAUCGUAACAAUGACAAGGGAUUUGCUUACAUUUGCAGAGAUGGCACAUCUAGGCGAUGGAUGUGUCAUGGUUUUCAUGCUACGAAGGAGUCGGGCGAGCGUCUUUCUCAUGCUGUCGGAUGUGCGUUUUCUAUUUGCCUAGAGCGAAAAAAGAAACGGGACGAAGAGAAUGUGCAAUCGCUUGAAAACGCAUUGAAUCCCAAUUGGGGAGACAAAGAUCAGCUAAAUGUGUUCCUGGAAUUGUUUGAAUUGAAUAUGAACCAAAUUAGUGAUGCUACUGCUGCUGCGCUUCACCGUACAAAUCAAGCCUAUCAAUCCUUCCGUAAGCAGAUACCUAUCAGUGAAAGAUUACAAGAUCCACAGUCUGCUAUCGUUAACACAGCUCCCCACACAACUUCGCAACAACCAUCAUCCAGCAUUGCUAAGCCUCGUCCACUCCCUAACCCAGCCUUAUUUCAACGACAGGUAGAUAGAUCUUGACU